CUCGCGAGCCCUUUAAAGAGUGACUGAGCCGCCGCCGGUCAACAAUGUGACGGAGUGGGAGGAACGGCUCGGCUCGGCUCGGCUCGGCUCGGCUCGGCAAGGCAAGGCAACCGACUCCGGUUGUUGUGAGAAGAAACACACGCCAUGGCAUCUCAGCCGAGCAGCACACUGACUGAAGAAAGGAAUCGUCUUCGCCUUCUAGCGUGGAAACAGAGGACCCAAGAAACCAGCCAAACCAAAGAUCUCAUCUACGACAAGUUUCCAGUCCUGGGGGAACCAUACAAGGUGUACAAAGAAGAUGAGCUUUCCAGCCGGAUCAGGAGGAUGUUUGGCAGCUAUGACGAUGUGAAGAGUCCCCGUCCCUUUUCCAUGGAGGGUUUUCCCAUUCCUGCCUACGUAGCCCCGUCAACCAAGCCGCCGUUCCACAGCCAGGUCCUUCACUCGUCCACUGAAAGCCACACAGGACCGUCUGCCGUCGGCCGCUCUUCUCAGCCCUCCAAGAUGUUGAGCGCCUCUUCUUCUCCUGAAGCCGUGGGACAGUCGUCAUCGCGCUCCCCUCCCUCCUUGAUCCACGGUCAGAGCGGCGAGCCCGGCCGCUCGGCGCGCCAGCUGAAGAGCGAAGUCCACUCAGAACUCCUGGAACCGUCGUCUCCUCCUCCGGACGCCGAGCUGCCGCCGCCCUCUCAUUCCACCGGCCCUAAAACCACCGACGCAGACGCUGUGGACACCCCUGACAGGCAGCGGCUCCACAGGUCCGCCGACCCCCCCGCAGAGUCCGUCAUCACCGGGGACGUCUCCGCACGAGACAUGAAGCAGUCCCCCAGAGACGUGGCCGUGUCUCAAACCACCAGGCCAGGCCCGCUGCCGUCCCAGACCUUCCCCCCGCCGCUGUCCUCCAAGCCGCCCUGCUCGGCCACGACCCAGAAGCCCACCGCCUACGUCCGGCCCAUGGACGGUCAGGACCUGCUGGCCAGCGAGUCGCCGGAGCUGAAGCCGUCUCCGGAGCCGUACGUCCCCGGAGCGGAGUUCAUCAGCAGAUCGGACCUGGACAAGGCCAGCGCGAAGCCGCCGUCUCUGGAGACAGGAGCACAUGAAGCACAGUGUGUGGAGGACAUCUUGAGGGAAAUGACUCAGUGCUGGCCUCCUGUCCUGACAGCUCUUCACACACCCAGCACCCAGCAGCCCUCCACGGGCCCCCUCCCAGCCAAGGACGGCGAGCGUGUCUCCUCAUGUCCAGGACGAAGAAAUCAUGACUCUUCAUCUUCGGUUUCAUCCAACCUCAAGCAAAAACCUUCCUCGAAUUCCUCAGAAGCAGGACAUUCCAGCAGGAGAGACACUGGCAGCUCCAGCGACUCUGACAGCAGCUCUGGGUCCGAGUCGGACAGUGAACGCACCGCCGAGGAGCCACUCCCACCGCCAGACCAGCCACAGCCUGAUGGCCCGGCUCUGGGCCGUGGCGACUGGCAGCUGGGGAACUGGAUCCGGUCCAGCCAGCAGAGCUCCGGCGCUGAAGGCCACGGCGCCGCUCACGUCUCUGAAGGGCCGGCUCACCGACCGCUGCAGCGGACUCCCGGCUCCGGGCGCUCCGGGCUGGAGGCCGCCGCCCCCCCCAGCGGCGAGGCGGAGCCCCAGGGUUCUUCUCACCAAGCAGAGUCCACCCCCGGCCCCGGUGCUCCCCAGCAGCUCAGUCUCCAGAAAGCCGUCCCUGCUGAUGGGGACGGACGCCGCGGUUCCAGGAAACCGUCACAGAGCACUGCAGCCGGCGGUCCGGGCGCCGCGGCGACCGCUCAGACCAGAGACUCCAGCUUCACAGACAAACCCAAGGUCAAGACGAAAGCCGGACUCGGCGGGAACUCCCAGGACAAGGUGUCCAUUAAAAUCCGUCUCAAAAGGAGUUCUAUCCUCCCGCCGGCUCUCUGUCCAUCAUGUGGUGCUCCACAUCCAGACCGGAGCUCCUGCCCCGCCCAGAGUUCUGCUCCGCCCGGCCCGCCCUCUCUGGCUCCUCCAGACACAGGGAGUCGUAGCAGGUCCAGAGCGGCGCCUCGUGAAGUCAGCCGCAAGCGCCUCAAGCAGCCCGGCCGCACGGCCAAGGCCGGCCGGGGCCUGAGCAGCAGUCCUCCGUCCCUGCUGGUGAGGCUGGACCUGAGCCUGCUCUCCAGAGUCCCUCAGACCCCCAGCAGCUCCCCCCAGGGGCCCCCCGGCCCCGUGAGGCCCUCGGCAGCGGUCAGGGAGGCAGACGGAGGGGACGCCUCUGCCAGACACGCUAAAACCAGCAGCAGGCACAGAACGCCCAACGGUGACGUGGAACAUCCCGCCGUCCCCAGGAAGAAACGGAAGCUGGAGAACAGCAGUACCCCAACUGUUCCUGCCAAACCAGAAAUGUCCAACAAGCCAGCGGAGGCGAGGAAGAAGACCAGGAAGACUUCACAGCAGCCCGCCGUCUUCAAGGACACAAAGCCCCAGAGCGGCUGUUCAGGGAGGAGUCCCGAGUCCAGCGGGGAACCGGCGAGGAGCAAAGGCUCCAGCAGAGAGAAGAAGAAGAAGAACAGCGGCGGGAAACACAGGGCAAAGAAGCCACCAAAGACGAACCCGGCCGCCCCGUCGCCUUCACAGCCCACGAGCCACGCUUUGACCAACCGGCCGCUGCUCAGGCCGGAGGAGAGGCGCUAUCCGGUCAAGCAUUACAUCAAGGAGGCCAAACGGCUGAAGCACAGAGCAGACGCAGAGCCGGAUAAGCUCCGGAAGGCCUUCAGCUACCUGGAGGCGGCCAUGUUCUUUGUGGAGAGCGGCAUCGCCAUGGAGAAGGACCCGCAGAUUUCUACGUCCUCCUACACCAUGUUCGCGGAGACGGUGGAGCUCCUCAAGUUCGUGCUGAAGCUGAAGAGUUCAGGGGAGUCUUCCUCCUCUCCCUCAGAAAAGGACUUCUUGUCUCUAUGUCUGAAGUGCCAGGCUCUGCUGCAGAUGACCAUGUUUCGCCACAAACGUAAAGCUGCAGUGAAGUAUUCGAAGACGCUGACGGAGCACUUCGCUACUUUUGCUCAGACGACGCACAACCCUCCCAGGGCGGCAGACCAGCCGUCCCCCGGCGCCGGGUCCACCGCGGUACUUCCUCAGGCCAUCGAGCAAGUGGCCUUCAACUACGUCGGCAUCACCACCUUGGUGCUGAGCUCCCAUGAGGUGUGGGAGCAGGCGGAGGCGCUGGCUCAGGGAGGCGGCGGUCUGCUGUCGGAGCUGGACGCCGUCCUGGGUCCGCUGAGCCUCUCUUCAGCCAUGAGCUCCAUGGUGCGGUACACCCGGCAGGGCCUGCACUGGCUGAGGCUGGACAGCCACCGGGGUUGAGGGUUCCACGCCGGACCAAGCCGCUCCUGGGUGUGUUCAGCCGUCCUUCCUUCUCAGUUCGGACUCCGUUCAGCAACAACACUGAUGUCUGUAAUGCUGGAAGUGCAAGACGGUGGUCCCUGAACACACCGCCGGUUACCCAGAAUGCCGUUGGUAGCCUGGAUUAUAACUUGAUUAUGUGAUUGUUUUGCACAAACUGACACAGAUGAGAUUUGACUUCAGGACUGCACAGUAAUCAGGAAACCCAGGUCUUAAGGACGUUUUGAGUCGUUCACACAUUUGUAAAUAGAUAUUUAAAUCCUGGGACGUUUCUGUCUUCCAGAGUGAAAGACUGGACUUACUUUGACCUUGUUUCUCUGACCGGGUCAGAAGUUAAUUCAGGCAUUUCUGUUCCACAUGGCCGCACUAAUUUCAUUUGCUGCUGCUCGCCAAAUCCUAACUGUUCAGGAAAAUAAAUCAAAUAUUUACUAAAGUGCCGUAAAAUAAUUAUAUCACAAACUUCCAUGUUGGAAAGUGAUCUUUUUUUCAAAGCUUCUAAACUCUGUUCUCAGAUUAAACUAUGCUCAGGGUGGAAAAAAAUAACCAAAAAUGAAUCAUUGACAUGAAGAAUGAAAUGAUUGAAACAAUCAAACCGUGACCUGCGAACAAAGAGGAGAGAUUCUGUCGGUUCCCUUCACAUCAGGCCUGUUUCACUUCAGGGUCUGCAGCCACUUGCUGAUUGGAAAUACUUCAUUUAACCCACGUUUGAAGAGUUUCUGGUUCCUUUAGUGAUUCCUGGUGUCCACUGGCUGUCGACAGGUGAGGUCUGUUAGCUUCACGUGCUAACGCCGCGUUGUGUCGGCGAACUGAUUUUCACACUGCUGUCAGUCAAGAUUGGUGUUAGCUUCAGCUCACGCAAAGAUUAGCAUCAGCUUCUUCAGCUCUUAUCAAGAUUAGAGUCAGCUGUUUUAGCAUUGGAUUCUUUAGCUAGCGUCAGAAUUAGCAUCAGCUUCAGUCAGCGUUUCGAUUGACGUGGGGUUUAGAGAGCAUGAAGAUUUGUUUUAGCUUUAGAGUGGAGCGGUGUCUGAAUGAAUCAUUCUGUUACAGGCUGUUUGUUGGAUCACAAGCUAACAUGUUUCCUUCUUGAGACAUGAAAUAAGAAGGUUUACAGGAGCUUCAGCCGGCCUGCUUCCUCGUUUCAGGGCCAGCCCGGACCCAGAACCACUACAGAACCAGAACCAGUCAGUAAAAUGUUAACGUCCCUCAAACAGGGGCUCCCAUCACAGCGAGAGGGAAACCGUCUCUUUUUCAUUUACAGCAGCCCGGUUGGUCGAAGCUGUUUGUUCCCUUAGUGUUUUUGCAGCAGGAAGCUGGAUGAAUUUCAGUUGGUCUCGUUGAAGCAGGCCGCCACUCCAGUCUUUUCCUCAUCCGUGGUUCUGAAGACCUGCAGGACUGCGCCGGUCCCUACUUCUGUUUACCCUCAGUUUGACUCGAAGAGUUUAGUUUGAUGAGAAUGUAAAUAUGGAGGAAGCGAUCCGAUUUGGACACAAGGGCAGAACUUUGCACUUCGGUUGGUGUUGGGGUACAAAUCAAAGGGCUUGAUGAGGAACAGGAGUGUGUUCCUCUCCUUACACUCUGUGUGUGUGUGUGUGUGUGUGUGUGUGUGUGUGUGUGUGUGUGUGUGUGUGUG